AUGGACCUUCCUUCAAACCUCAAGUCAGACGAGGCGAGCCCGGAAUGGAUGAACAAGGGCGACAACGCGUGGCAAGUAACUGCUGCCACGCUUGUCGGCCUUCAAUGCGUUCCGGGACUCGUGAUUUUCUACGGAGGCAUGGUGAAAAAAAAAUGGGCCAUAAACUCAGCCUUCAUGGCCCUCUACGCAUUUGCAGCAGUUUUAAUCUGUUGGGUAGGUUGGGGUUUCCGUAUGGCUUUCGGUGACAAAUUUCAAGUCUUCAUAGGCAAACCAGACGUUUCUUUAGACCAAAAGUUUCUCUUAGGACAAGCAUUUCUGGGCUAUUUUCCGACGGCGACAAUGGUGUUUUUUCAGUUUGUUUUCGCUGCAAUUACGCCGAUUUUGAUCGGAGGGGCACUUCUGGGGAGGAUGAAUUUUAUUGCGUGGAUGUUGUUUGUGCCUCUGUGGCAUACGUUUUCUUAUACGAUCGGAGCUUAUAGUAUAUGGUGCCCGGAAGGGUGGCUGGCGAAGCUUGGAGUUAUUGAUUUUGCAGGAGGGUAUGUUAUUCAUCUCUCUUCUGGUGUUGCUGGAUUCACUGCAGCUUAUUGGGUGGGACCCAGAGCAGACAAAGACAGAGAGAGGUUUCCACCAAACAACAUACUCCUGAUGCUAGCCGGCGCAGGCCUGCUGUGGAUGGGUUGGACCGGGUUCAACGGUGGCGCUCCGUACGCCGCCAGCACAGACUCGUCUCUGGCCAUACUCAACACCCACGUGUGCACCGCCACCAGCCUCCUCACUUGGUUGCUCCUCGACAUUUGCUUCUUCGGCAAGCCUUCGGUUAUUGGUGCCGUUCAGGGCAUGAUCACCGGCUUGGUUUGCAUCACUCCUGGCGCAGGAGUAGUACAGUGCUGGGCAGCCAUACUUAUGGGCAUGAUGUCAGGAAGUGUUCCUUGGUACACAAUGAUGGUUCUCCACAAUAAACUCAACCUAUUAAGGCAUGUCGACGACACCUUCGCCGUCUUCCACACCCACGCCCUCGCCGGAAGUCUAGGCGGCAUUCUCACCGGCUUUUUCGCCGUGCCCAAACUCAGCCGUCUCUUUUACCUCGUACCCGACUGGGAAAGAUACAUCGGCCUAGCCUAUGGCCUCCAAACCGGCCAAACUUCAGCCGGACUCCGACAAAUGGGCGUUCAACUUCUGGGAAUUGUUUUCAUAACAUGCCUUAAUGUUGUCACGACGAGUGCGAUUUGUUUGUUGAUUAAGUUGAUGGUUCCGCUUAGACUGAGCGAGGAAGAGUUGGAGAUUGGUGACAAUGCAGUUCAUGGAGAGGAAGCAUAUGCCUUGUGGGGUGAUGGGGAAAGAUUUGAGAAUGCCAGGAAUAAUUCAGUUUAUGAUGUUGAUGAGUUCACAUCGGUUAUGUCAAAGACUGCAAGUGAAUUGCAAAUGCUGCAUCUUUCCAUAAAUGAGGUUAAAAAGUAA